AUGGGUCCAGGGUUCAGCAUGGGCAGCUACACCAUGUACUGGUACCGACAAAACCACCAUGGAGCUCCAGUUGAGUUCCUCACCAAAGAAUACGACCAAACUAGCAAAGAGGAGGGGCGAGGAGAUGGCCAGAUGGUGAAGCUAUCCAAGUUGAAUGGUGUGAAGAAGAUUGAGGAUGAAGGGGAAAGAAGAGAGAUGAUCACCCCUGCCCUUAGAGAAGCACUCACAAAGCAAGGGUACAAACUAAUUGGAAGUCACUCAGGAGUGAAGCUUUGUCGAUGGACCAAGUCUAUGUUGCGAGGGAGAGGAGGCUGUUACAAGCACACUUUCUAUGGUAUUGAGUCCCACCGGUGCAUGGAAACCACCCCCAGCCUCGCCUGUGCUAACAAGUGUGUCUUCUGCUGGAG